CAGCAGCAACAACAGCAGCAGCAAUGCCAGCAGCAACUCCAGCUGCAACUCCAGCAGCACCACCAGCAGCACCACCAACCAGCCCAGAUCACAGAUUGCUUCAUAGCACCACAGCUGCAGGUGAAGCCCAACGUACCCACUCUACGACGAUCACAGAAACAGCCCACCAUGCUCAGGAUCAGUUCCAUCAACCAUCAGCCACCACCUUCACUGACAAAACUGCAGCAACUUCUGUCGCAUUUGUAGCCACAGUGGUUGCGUCUUCUCCGCAGCCCACAUCCAUCGUAAAGCCUGAGAUUACCUCCCAGUUACCUUCCACUGUCUCCCCUGAUGAGUCCUCUAAGAUGUUCAAUCAGAGCCUCAGCAGUCCCUCAGCUUCUGCUGCAACCGCAGCGACAACAAACGCCACAUCUGAGGCAACACCUGCGUUCAACCCCACCUCUUUGCCCGGUGCAACAACUGAGAAAUCCAAACCCGGCACUGAGCUUCCAUCUACAUCUCAGUCUGUUUCUGCUACAGGCAUCUCCACAGACGCAGCAGGGUCGAGUUCUACCGCUACCUCCAUCUCAACUCCCAACUCCACGGCCACCAACAGCUCCGCAGGGAUCCUGGUCCCUGGGAAACCCAAGAGGUUGCCGGUUCCAACAACCGAACCAACGCCAGCAACCACCGCAACUCGUCAAGUCUCCAAGAGCCCUUCUUCCGGCACCGAGGCCCAACCCUGCUCCAACCGAGGCGUGGUGAAGCAGUGCCUCAUCGUCAUCGCCGCCCUGGCUGUGCUGGCCACCAUCUUCAUGGUUUCUACCAUCGUCCUCUGCACCAAGCUGUCAGCCAGGAAGUACAAAGUCAAGAAACCUCAGCAGGCCACUGAGAUGAUGUGCAUCUCUUCUCUGCUGCCCGAGACCACCUACAGCUACACGAGGCAACGCAACCCGGUUCGCAACGGAAUCCUGGUGAUCCCCGGGGGCGGAGACAGCGACGAGGAAUUAGGAGAUAACCUCACUCUCAGCAGCUUCCUCCCAGACAAUGACCGCUAUGUUUAAGGUGGAUUCAUAAUCACUGGCGUGCUUUCAUCACACACCAGAUGUUGGACUGACCUGCGGGGGUCGUCAGCGAUGUGGAAAGCGGUGCUGUUCGCUUCCCCUUCGACGUCGGUGGUUUGGCUUCAAUGCGCGUCUCAUCUCUGUCGAGGAAGAGACAGAAAAACCACAAAUACACAGAUACACAAACCCAUGACACCCGCCAUGAACUAUAUCUGGUGUCAGGACUCUUUGCAUAACUUUACACUGGAGAUUUUAAGUGGGGUCGAGGACAGUGAUCAAAGGUUGUUUUUUUAGACAUCUGGUGCCUGAUGGUGUUUGGCUCUGCGACGGGGGGCAGGAAGGCUCUCACAAGGGGUUCCUCACAGACACUGUGCAGUUUACAAAGAAACUAUUCAGGAGGCUAAAAGCUUGACUAAACGCUGGAUUGUGAUUGACUGUUCAGUGUGUAAAUAUGCAGUAACUGUGCUGUGAUAAUUUAUUAAAAGCGGGUUAUUUAACUUUUAGGAAAUUAAUCUGUAAUUUUCAGAUUUCCUGGAAACAUGAGUGUAAUUUGAUUUUACUUUUAGUUAAAUAGAGAGAAAGCUUGGAGGCUGAAAUUUUAUAGAAAUUACUUUAAAGAUCCCCUCCAGUGUCAGUCAAGGUGUUGUUUUUAGUUAACGUGUCCAUGUGGUGUUAUUUAACGGCAUGGUUGAACAUUUCUACCUUGAAAUUCCUGCGCAGCGAUUAAAAACUAUGGAUUCCGACAUUAAGAGUUUCAGGAACUGAUCCUGUCAACCAGCAGAGUGGGGCUUUCUGUACCAUUAUUGCUCUUUAGAUUCAGUUUCUUGUUCUAACAGCUGAUUUUACUGCAAUAGCACCACUUUGCAGCGCGUAGAAUAGAGUUUAAGCAGAGCUGUAGGUGAGCUGGUGUGCUCGAGCUGAAGAAAAUGGAUCAACUUUGACACACAGAUGUGAGUUUUUACAAUCAGUGACCAAAGAGGAACUUUAAAGAUCUGCUUCAUUUACGCAAGCAAGCAACCGACAAACGUAUUUACAUAAAUCAGAUGACAUACAUCUGGCAUUUAUAGGGAAAUUAGUUUACUGAACACAUUCUGCGUGUCCCACUUGACUACAUUAACUCCAGGAGGUUAUUUGCAAAUGAUUUGACCUUACAAACUCUUAAAAUAAGGGAUCACCAAGGUUUUUUUUCCCCACAAGACUAUAUUCUCUCUAUUAUUUGCUGAGAAUGUGCAGCGUAAGAGCUCAAGCGAUAAAUAGCGAAACUAUUCAAGUACAGUUUUGUAACAUGUGUGUCUCUAAAUGGUGAUAAUAAAAGUGGACGUUCUGCAAACUC